AUGAGCGUUAUCUCAAGCGUUACCGUUUACUUUCACUCUCCGUUCUUGAUAAACUACUUUUGGUUAGUUCUUGUAACAAUCUCUCUUCGAAUGAUUGUCUGGAUAAUGCUUUUUUUGACUAUGACUGCAGAGUCAUGUAUUCGAAUGAUCCCGCCGGAAGAUGUCGGGAUCCCAGGCACACUGCCGGAUAAUGAUCCAGGGGAUCCUAUCAAAACGACGAUUGCAGCAGGAAUACAGACUACACAAUGUACCACAUGUGGCCCAAAAACUACUCCUCAACGCGUUGAGCCGGUGAUGACGACGACGGUGGCUCCUGGAGCAACGACUGUAAGAUCUCCCGGGUCAGUGACGACUGCUGGAUCAGCCACAACUGCAGGAUCUGCCACCACAGGAAGCCCUUCAGCAGCAACAACUGCGGCGACAGUGGCGGCACCACCGACCACAACAGCUGCGCCGCUUCCAUGCCAAACCUGCACCCCAUUCAUGAAUUUCAUGGAUGAGAGAUACACGUGUACCCCCACGACUGGCAUGACCGCUACCGGAUGCUCAACCCUCGCCGUUUCUUGCAUGAUAAACCCCUCAUUCGAAUGCAAUGACAUAGCACUGCUCUUGGAAACCACUGGGACCCCAAGAAGUAUUUUCUGGUAUGAAUACUGGUGA